AUGCCCGGCCCGCCCGGCCCGUCCGCCCGCCCGCCGCGGGGACCGGGCUCCACCUGCCGGAGCCGCCGGGCACGGCCGCCCCGGUGCCCACCCCCGGACCGGCACCGCCCCGCCGCCGGGACCACCCACCCGGCACCGCCCCGAGACCCCCAGGCCCACCCCCGGUACCGCCCCGAGACCCCCCCAGACCCACCCCCGCGGCAGCCAAGCAGCUACCCCCGACGCCGGCACCGACCCCCGGAGCCACCUCUGACAGUGCCCCGAGCCCUGGCACUAAUCGCGGUACGGACCCCGACCCCGGGUACCCACUCCCGGUACCGCCCCGAGGCCGGGACCGGGACCCGGAACCGCAACGUCAUCCCAGGACUGACGCCGGUACCGGCACCGGCAUCUUUGCACCGACCCUGGUACCGCGCCGGGACCCCCGGGACUCAUCCCCGGCACCGCUCCGAGGCCCAGGACGGGGACUCGGUACCGGCACCGGCAUCCCAGGACACACUCCCGGUGUUUCCUCGAGCCUGUGUCAACCCCCGGUACCUCACCGGCAUUUCGGGACUGACCUCCGGUACUGCCUCGAUCCCCCGGACCCACCCCCGGGACUGA